AUGUGCACUGGGAGUGAAGAAAAGGCUGCACUGGUGGACGACGCGGGAGAGCUUCAGCCUCAGGUCGCUAGGAAGGGAGGAUACAUCAGAGGACAGUGCUGUGAAGAAGCUUGGCUUGAACCUGCAGGGCUGCGGUCUCUGGAGGAGCUCGCCCUCUCCUCAGACCCGUGUGGUAUUGGCUCAGACUGUGCAGAGAGGUGUGAGGAAAUGCCUUUAUUUGCCGUAGCUGAACCACUUCCUUACCAGAUUGUUGUUAUUAGCUGCAUGAGCUUGUGGGUCGCCAAGAACAGGGGACCUGUUCCCCUGGAGCCCUGCUGUCCCCAGGGCUGCUGUACAUCUGUCUUAGGAGAGCAUUGCCAGGGCUGCUGUUCCCACGGGCCAGGCGCGGGGAGCGUGAGGAAGAUAAGCAACAUCCUGUUUUUUGUUUUACCGCCCAUAUGUAUGUGCUUAUUCCGCCAAUACGCAACCUGCUUCAACAGUGGAAUAUACUUAAUAUGGACCCUCCUAGUUGUGGUUGGGAUUGGGUCCGUUUACUUUCACGCCACGCUGAGUUUCCUGGGCCAGAUGCUGGAUGAGCUGGCUAUUCUCUGGGUUCUGAUGUGUGCCCUUGCCAUGUGGUUCCCCAGGAGGUACCUGCCAAGAGUGUUUCGAAAUGAUAGGAGCCGUUUUAAAGCUGCUGUUGGUGUGCUUUCUGGAGUUACUACCUGUCUUGCCUUCAUCAAGCCUGCUAUCAACAACAUCUCACUGAUGACUUUGGGUGUUCCCUGCACAGCUUUGCUCAUUGCUGAGUUAAAGAGGUGUGAAAAUCUGCGUGUGUACAAACUGGGUCUCUUUUCGGGUCUUUGGUGGAUGCUAGCACUUUUCUGCUGGAUCAGUGACAAAGCAUUUUGUGAGAUCUGGUCCUCAUUUAACUUCCCCUAUCUGCACUGUGUAUGGCACAUCUUGAUUUGCCUUGCAGCUUACCUAGGCUGUGUCUGUUUCGCUUACUUCGACGCUGCCUCCGAGAUCCCUGAGCAAGGCCCUGUCAUAAAGUUCUGGCCCAGUGAGAGAUGGGCAUUCAUUGGGGUUCCUUACGUCACCCUCCUCUGCGCACACAAGAAAUCACCGGUGAAGAUCACCUGAAUGCAGCCGUGGAAUGGCAUGGAUUUUCAGAUUAGCUUCCAGCACGGACAGUACUCAUUAAUGAUAAGUGAAUAAGGUUGUAUUUUAUCUUCUAAGAUAUGCAGCACUUCCACAUGUCAUAGUAACAGGUGGCAAGUGUGUCCUUUCCCCUUUCUGGGAAGA